AUGAAAGUACUCCGUGACAACAUCCAAGGUAUCACUAAACCCGACAUCAGAAGACUGGCAAGGCGAGGAGGUGUAAAGCGUAUUUCGGGUCUCAUCUACGAGGAGACCAGAGGCGUGCUGAAGGUUUUCUUGGAAACCGUCAUCCGUGACGCAGUCAUCUACACCGAACAAGCUAAGAGGAGGACCGUUACCGCCAUGGACGUCGUCUACGCUCUCAAGAUGCAGAAUCGUAUUCUGUACGGUUUCGGCGAUUAA